AUGUCUUCUAGUAAAACUCAUUCUGCACAGAACGCUAACUCCCAAGAGCCUAAACCACCUUCAGUACUCUUCUGUUAUGGCUGCGAAAAAGAGAAGCCUACCCAUUCAUUCUCGAAAACGCAAAUUACAAAGGCCAUGGCAAAUAUUUAUAAUCGCUACGCUCCGAAGGGUAGAACCACAAAAAGACAUCAUACAACUUGUAAGCAGUGUACUCCUCAGCAAAACACUUCUUUGACCUGCAUGGCACAAAGAAAGAAUGCAGAAAAGGCGAGGUGCAUCGAAUGCAUGAAAAAGCAACAAGAAGAAGACACCGAUGAUAGUGAAGAUUACGAUGAGUCAGAAGAUGGAUCUUAUAACGAAACAUGGGAUGAUAUCUU